UUGAGAGUUCUUGCUCAGGAGGUCUCCAUUAUUGCCCUAAAGUUUAUAUCUGGUUCCGAAGAUGCAGCCAGAGGUCUUCCUUUUGAGGUGUCGGUUCACCUCGAUAAACCCUAGAGUAAAACCAGUCUAGAAGGAAAGUAAAUCUAUCUUACAAGUCACGUGCCUUCACAUGAGUUAUUCCCGCUACCAAAUAUCAGACAAAACAAAAGUUAGAAAACACUGGCCCUCAAUAAUUUCCCUCAUUGACAGAACAGGACACCAACACGACCAACGUAAAUACCACUACCUGUUGGUUUAGCUUAAGCUGCAUCCUCAAGCAAAAAUCUCCAUGGCUGCAGCUUCAGGGACGAGCUCAAGGCACGGCAUUUCUUCCGGUUUCAACCUAUCGGAGCAGUGGCUUCUGACUGGAGCCAGCAUUCUUGUCAGCGGGAUACUGGGCUAUGUGGUGUAUGAUGCAGUUAUGGCAACCGCCUCCGAGCUAUUGCAGCGUCUGCUUGUGAUUUCUCCACUGCUGCUGGUGAUUUCCGUCCACUGGCUCUCCUCGGGAAGCCAGUUCGGCCUCCCGAUGCCCGGCUCUGAGCCCGGAGCCAUCCACCGGGCUGGUGGGUCCGCAUGGGGCGUGGCUUUUAUCUUACUGCUGCUUUUCUUCCUCAUUUCAUACCAGCCUUCCUUCGCUGGGCUUUUAUUUUAAGUGAAAUCCGUUGAAUGUUUCCCUUGUGGAGGCAGAACUAGGAGGAUUAUUAUUUAUGCUACUUUUGGGACAUGGAGAACUGGGCACUCGGCCCAUGUCGUGUAUGUAUUGUAGUUCUGGUGCUAUGCGUGACUUGAAAUGAAUGGAACUUGAUCUUUUGGUCGGUGUAUUGUA